CUGAUGCCUUAUUCCGUCGUAUUGUUCUAGAAGAGUAACCCUGCUCUAUAAACAGCUGGGAUCCCGGUAUCUGAUAGCCUGUUAACUUUCAUUGUAUCACACAACGGAACAUGGCUGCUACCAUAAAAACAAUCGGCAUUGUCGGCACCGGUGUCAUCGGCGCCAGUUGGACAGCCCUAUUCUUGUCCAAAGGAUACAAGGUUAUCGUGACAGACCCUGCUCCCGGUGCAGAGGAAAAGAUUCAUGCCUAUCUACAGAAAGAAUGGCCGACAUUGUCCCAAAUCGGACUCGUACCCGGGGCAUCAUUGGAAAACUACCAAUUCGUCAAGAACAUUGACGAGUACCUCGGAGAGGUAGAUUACAUUCAAGAGAAUGGCCCCGAGCGCCUAAACAUCAAACGCCCCCUCAUCGCCCACCUCGACGCCAACACCCGGCCAGACAUCACCAUCGCAUCCUCAUCAUCUGGCCUUCCCUCCUCGCAAUUCGUCACAGAUUGCACUAAGAACCCAUCUCGCAUUCUCAUCGGCCAUCCGUUCAAUCCACCACACCUUAUUCCCCUUGUCGAGGUGGUUCCCCACCCGGGUACAAAUGCGGAGACGGUCUCGGCCGCGAUGAACUUCUACAAAGGACUGGGUAAGGAUCCUGUGCUUGUGAAGCAGGAGACCCCAGGAUUUAUCGCCAAUCGCCUUCAAGCGGCUGUCUGUAAUGAGGCUUAUAGUCUUGUUGAGAGGGGUGUUAUUUCUGCCGAGGAUCUGGACAAAACAAUGACAUCCGGCCUCGGUCUCCGCUGGGCAGUGAACGGUCCCUUGAUGACGAAUGUCCUCGGUGGUGGUCGAAGUUUCCGACACUUCAUUGACCAACUCGGGCCUGCAGUGAAGUCUUGGGGUGAUGAUAUGAAGCAGUAUGAUUUCGGGCAUGAGCCGGAGAAGAAGGAGAAGGUGACUGAGAGGGUUGAAGAGUAUGUUGGGGGUGUUGAUUUGGACGAGGUUGAGAGAGGGAGAGAUGAGUUUAUUCUUAAUUCUAUCCAGUUUAAGGCUAGAGGUAACUAGAUAGCUUUGAC